AUGCAAAAUAACGUUAGGGCGGAUGCAGUGAGGCUCGGGAGGCGUCGGGCGCACUCGUGGGCGGUCGGGGACGCAGGCGCGGGAAGCACAUCGAUCGCCGCCCACGCGGCGCUGCGCCCAAGUGCUCCGCGAGUCGUGACGCGAGUCCCGGGCUGUGCCCCUCGAAGAUGGCGGCGUGAGCGCGCGCCCGCGGCCCCGCGGUCAUGCCGCGAUGGCCAGAGAGGUAACGUUCGUGUGUCCGGCGCCGCCGCUUACGUAACCACUGACACGCCCGGAGAUGGUUAA